AUGGCCCCUCGAUCGGGAGCUCGGGAGCUCACCCUAAAGAAAGCUCUAGAGUUAAUCGAGAGUGGCAGUAGAACAAAUGGCGCAUCCGGGUUGGAAGAUCUGGCCCACAUCUUCAAACACCAGUCAACUGCCUCCAAUCUCUCGGCCUUGAAUGAUAAGAGCUACCACAGACUCUUCGAGGCUAUCUUCCGAUUUGCCAUAUCCGAAAAAGAGGCUUAUUAUAAGGGCAAGGGCUCCAAACCCGUCGCUACCAGUAGACUUGUCAAGUGCGCAGAGGCACUUCGCUUGAGUAUAGAGCACGGAGCCUCCAAGAUCAAGCGAAAGACUGUCCUGGUCGUCAUUGAUCAUUUCACCCAGACUUUGCCACAUCCCGACGAUGGGCUUGUCCCGCCGCUAAUUCAGGACUACAUCAAAGCCUUGUGUGCUCUCCUUGGUAAUGCCGCCAAUGUUGAGCUUUUGACCACGUACGACGGCAAGGGAUGGUACACUUGUGUCGAUUUCACAAUCAAGAUCAUCACCGAAUCUCUAGAAAAUGGGGAUCGUGACCUGGGCCCUUCGCGUGCGUCACCGGCGCCUGGCACAGCGUCGAUGUCUCUGCCAAUGUCGACUCCCAGGUCGACGGCUACGUCGAAACGUGGCAGCAAUAGCCGGAUGCCACGUGGUUGCCUCCCGGAUCUCAUGCAAUGCCUCUUCUUCCUAGUUGCGACUCCGAACGCGCCACUCUUGCAGCGUUCCAAAGACAUAUCAUCGGCUGUUAUCGCAGUACUUCAGCUUCAUGCUCUAGGCAUGAGUCCGCUGCAUCAACUUGCGUUCUCCGUCAUCAAUUCGCUCAUAGUGACGACUCAGACAGAUGCUUCCGCCGAAGCAAGUUCACUGGCCGUAGAGUCUUUGCCGCUCAUUACCUACUGGUGGAAUGCUAGAACUGCGUCCAAAUACGAUGCAUUACUCAAUGGCGUUCGAACUGAGAUGCUCAAGCUUCUCUACAAUGUCCAGUUACAAUUGGAGCAUCUGGUCAAGAAAGACAGCGAGCCAGCACUGCUGGAAGACAUCGAGAAUUUGGCCGAGAUGUUCUGGUCAGAGUAUUCUCGGCGAGGCGAACGCGCCCAGCUCCAGCAGGAUGAUUUGGCGUACACGACCGGCAAUCAAACCAGCAAGCACUUCCAGGUACAGACCUUCGCCCUGCGGCCUUUCAACGUAGAAGGAGAGAGACAAUGGGGAGUCGUUCAGAAUUUGGCGUUCCUCGAGGGGCUCAUCUGGAAGAGGUCGCGAUCCGUUCAUCCAAGCCCUGUUGACGAUGAGCAGCCGCGCAAGAAACAACGAACCGCUGCUGGCUUUAGUAGGCUUCGUCAAAAGCUGAGAUCGAUUGAUCAAUCUACGCAAUACACAGCGCUGCAGAUGAUACCCUUCUUUGUCUCGGACCUUGAUAUUACGGUCGAUGAGAUAUCUGAACUCUUGCCGCUCCUGAUGGACCUCGUCACAAACAAGAACAGCAAAAUGUCUACCUGGGCGAUGAUAGCAUGUGCAAGUCUGGCCCCGAAAGCCACUGCCACCGAGGAUUAUCUGGCUGCUGUUUGGAAGCAAUCUUGGCAGCUUGCGGUGCGCUCUGUCAGUAUGACAGGAACCUGCCGUGCCUCGAGCGCCCUCUUACACUCCAUCGUCACUCAUGAGCUUGUAUCAUACCGCGACAUGACUGAUGACAUCAAUAAAAUGGUGACAGAUAUUGACGUCAACUGUCCUGCUGUCUUGGCCGAUUCCUCCCUUAUCUUGAUGACAAGAUUUCUCCAUCUUCGGAACUAUCACCUUCCAAACGCCAGCCACGCGACCAGCAACCAUAUUGUGCGCUGGAUGCUGUCCAGAUGGGAUCCUGCGGACGCGAACUUCAUCUCGUCAAAUGCCAUACAUGUCCCGCCGCUCAAUGUCGUCAAUGUUCUGCGAGCAGCAUAUGGCGAUCAGGAGCUAAUGCUUCCAAAAUGCUCUCAGAGUAUAGCGGGCCCAAUUGCAGAGACGAUAUCGCUACUCCGGGAACGUGAAAGUGUUGUGAAGUACCUGCUGCUUCUCGGAGAUGGUACUCCUGAAACCAGGUCAGAAGACGAUCUACUAAACCAUGUGACAGUGACACCUUCUGCCACAGUGCUCGCAGAUACCUCCAGUGCGUACGCUACGAAGAAGCUCGUAGCCGAGCUCUUCUAUCCUAAACUCCAAGGUGUUGGUGACUUGUGCGAUGCUUGGGCAAAGAAGGGCGAUGGCUCCACACAGAUCACAUCUGAAAGAUUGCAAAGCGUCGCUUCGUGCUUGAUCGUCGGCACACUAAUACUGCCCCAGCUGAAGGAAAUCAACACGCGACAGUCGCAAGAGAUGGAUGAAGUUUUCUUCAAAGUAAACCAGAGUCUUCUAAGGGCGGUAUCGGCCUCAUCCGAGAGUCAGCUUCUUUACGAGUCCCUUCUCAGAUCCCUCCGGCCCUAUAUGCCUACUUUGACCAAUAUGGAACUGACCCGGUUUGCGAAGGAGUGGCCAUACCUGCACCAACUCUUCUCUGAGCUGUCCGGCGCUCUCCGUCAGCGAGCGGAUAAGCAGUCCUCUGGCCACGACGGGGAUCUGAUGGACCUUGAUGACAACUUUGAGUCUCAAGGCAGUCGAGCAAGCACGGCGUCCAAGCCUAUUGAGGUUUCGCGGCGGGAGUCGUCUAUCGUUCUGCAAUCGACGGCCUUCUACAUUGACACUACCCAACGACUCCAUUUCCUCGAAGUACUCUACGAGGAUAAUGGCCAGGUUGGACUUGUUCCGCCAUCUUUCCUCGACGCAUUUCUAGAGCUCUCGGAUGAAGAAGUUCUCUCAUGCCGAUGCUUGAUCAAAGAAUUGUUUGAUUCUGAUCUCAUUGUCAACCCCGACGACGCUGAAAAGAUGAUCCAGAGAACGGGAGCACUGAUCGGCCAGCUAGCCUUCUCAAGCUGUGAAGUUGCUUUGAACAUCUGUCUCGAUUUGAUGGAAGGCUUCAUUACUAUAUGGGCUGAUGGCACAAGUGAACUUUCCUUCCUCGUGGGUGAUCUGUACAGCCACUACCUCAAUAAGGGGCUCUCGAUCAACCUUCUUUCUCAGAAUGUGCAGAUGUCGUUGUCGCGCCUGCUGCUGCAUCUGGCUCAUGUCAAUGACAGAUUUCCAGAGUCUGUCAAGAUGCCGCCUCCAAAUACGUCGCUACUCAGUAUUUUGGAGAGUAGCUCGCUGCCGGUAAAGUUCUACAUCGGGUCUCGACUGCCAAGUAUCUUUGGUCGUUAUGUCCUGAAGUUACACGAGGACAUGUUCGUCAAUGUCCUUGAAAACCUUCCGACAGACGAUGCGUUCCUUGAAGGUAUAGCUCUGCGGUUGUUCGUGCUAGCAGAGAUAGCUCGGCAGUGGCCGACUCUCUUGCGACGGGGCAUCUACCAUAUAUUCGAGACCCCUGGCAGUAUUCCGCAGUCUAAGCAGCAUGCGGCAUAUUGUCUCAAGAACAUAGCAGUCUCCCUGAAGCUCGACGAUACUCGCAAACUCUUCGACCUGUUUGCCUCUCAACUAUUAUACACUUGGUUUGAUGAGGGGACUGUCGAAAACAUCCCCUUUGAGAUUUUCGGCUUCUCUAGUCUCCAAGAGCUACUCCGACGCGCACAGUCUGAAGUCGUUGCCAUCCUGUUCAUGCGGGACCAGGAGGAGUCUAUUUCUGAGCUGGCUACGGCCCUUGGUACCACUACACCGCAGCUUCUCCAGGACAAUUUUUCCAAGACCAUCGCAUACAGUAUGGCUCAUGACAUCAGCAUCCGUAAGAAUGAACAGCAGAAUCGGAACGGCGAAACCCGACUACGCAAGCUACUUGGGCGAGAGAAGUUCCUCGAUGGUAUCUACGUGAACUUCGCCGACAUUAUCGGCUUGUUCGUCAGUCUGAUAGAUCAAGAAGAUCCUGUUGAGAGAUCGUGGGCCAAGGAAGCGGAGUUUGCCUAUGCUACCGAGACCAUGGCAAAUAUCAAAGAUUGCGGCCACUCUGACGUCGUUCUCGGAGCAAAUCAACAGCCCUCGUUCCAUGCGAAGUACCUCAGCAGAGAGAUCAGCCUUCUUUGCAGUCGUACAGAAUAUGAAUUGUCAUUACUCUGGACUCCUGCUCUGGUGGUCUCGGUUGCCAGGAAACUUCUCAACGGCGUACAUGCCGCAUUGGGGCCUCUGCACACUUGUUCCAUUAUUCGAAAGGUUAGGGUACUCAUGUGCUUGGCAGGUGCUCAUGCAUGGAGCUCAUAUGCACUCGAGAUGCUGCUCCAUUCUAUCCGUCCUUUCAUUGUUGACUCCGAGUGUGCGGAUGACGCAAUGGGGAUGAGUCAGUAUCUCUUGGAAAAGGGAUCGGAUGCUCUAACACAGUCGCCCUCGUUUCUCGCUGGUCAUGCCUUGUCGACGCUGGCAUCUCUCAGGGUCUUCCUUGAGUCUACCCAGUCGAGUACCACACAGGAGAGUCAAUUCAAAGCUACGAUGAGCAAAGCGCAGAAGUUCCAUUCCUGGUUUAACACCUACCUCGACAAGUAUAGCUCGCCUCACCUCCGAAACGACAAACAACGUGAUGCUUUCAAAGCGAUCACCCAGUCAGCAGCUCAUGUCCGCUCAUCUGGGAACGCCGAGCGAGGUACUCACGAGAGCAGGCUGCUUCUCGAGAUUCUUCAAGAUGAAGUCGACGAGGCUCAGCUGCUGAAUGAACCAUCGCGGAAACUGGCACUGGAGAUGCUCUGUCGACAGUUCAUCAUGCCGACUUCGGUUAGCAAUGACAUCCUGAGCUCAGACGACGAGGCAAAGGCAUUGGCCACAGCCGUUUGGAAGAGCUGCCAGGCACAAACACUGAGCGACGAUUAUCUGGCCUGGGCGGGUCGCGUCAUUGGGCGGGCUUUUGCCGCGUCUGGGAACAUCGAUCAUGACCUACUCCGAGAAUCCGACUUGACUCUAUACCGAAAAGUCUCACUAGGCAAGUUCGACUCUGAGCAGGGCUUACUAAACCUACUGCAGUCCCUUACGACAGCUAGUGACUGUUUCAAAGCCGGACUUGCAGAGUCGGCCUUGAGGACGAUACUCUCCGAGGCUGCAGCUCAAGGCGACCAUGGAUUGACGACAGCAUCUCAACAGGUUCUGUCUGAUCAACUGCUCGCAACAUCUGAAUGGGCACCGUAUCGAACACCGCCGUCAGACAAUAUCAGUGUCGAUGUUGUUCACGAAGACUACGCUUUCUCUGAUGAGGCGUGCCAGGAUCCGAAAUGGGCACAGAUCAUCACUGUCCGUUUAGUGCAGACAUUUCCGGACAGCAUCAUACUGAGUGCCUUGCCACCAAUACUCGCGAAUGUCAAAGGAUUUGCCCAAGAAGCGUUCCCUUACAUUGUCCAUCUAGUGCUGUCUUUUGAGCGCACUAUGAAACAAUCGGCAAAGCGAAGCCUCUCCAACGCCCUCAAGCACUGGUUGAAGCUUGACACGCCAAUAGCAAGAGAAAACAUCGGUCUUUUGAUGAACGCUGUUUUGUAUCUUCGAACACAGCAGCUGCCUGGUGAGAGCUCCAUAGCUGAUAGAAUUCAGUGGCUCGAUCUGGAUCUGUCCUUGGCCGCUUCAGCUGCCACGAGAUGUGGCAUGUACAAGACAGCCCUGUUGUUCGUUGAACUGGCCUCUUCUGACGGAUCGCGCUCUUCUCGGCGCUCUUUAGCCGCUCGGGCUCAGGAAUCUGCGGACGUGCUGUUAGACAUCUUUGAGAAUAUCGACGAUCCGGAUGCUUACUACGGCCUGGGUCACGCGUCAAGUUUAAGCAACGUCCUAUCCCGGCUGGAAUAUGAGAAAGAUGGCAGCAAAAGUCUAGCCUUCCGGGGAGCUCAAUACGAUAGCCACCUUCGCAGAGGAGACGUAGCCGCCAUCAUUGACAGUCAAUCGCUCGUCGCAACUCUGAGUGGUCUUGGUCUGUCCGGCCUAUCGCAUUCCCUGCUACAGAAUCAGCAAAGUCUUGAACGCUCAUCCACGACUGUUGAGACUACUUUCAGCACAGCGAGGAAGCUGGAGAUCUGGAACUUGCCGGCACCAAAAUCCACACAUCAUCCUUCUGUGACCAUCUACAAAGCUUACCAAGCGUGGAACCAGGCUGUCGAGAUGAACGCCGUGAGAAAGGUGACCUAUGAUGGGUUCAGUGAGACUAUGCGAAACGUGAUCAAGCACGACAUUGGACCACUACAACUUCGACAGAACCUAGGAGCUUUAGCUGUGUUGGCAGAAGUCAACGACACGAUCGAUGUUUCUGACCCUAGCGAUCUCGACGAGAUAUUGACAGUAUUUGGCAAUCGCUCGAGCUGGAUGAAGAGUGGACGAUACGAAGACGUCAGGCAGAUCCUGUCUUGCAGAGACACUACUUUGAGUAUGCUGUCCAAAACCUCCCAGCUUCGGAGCACGGCCAGAGUGAAGCCCCCAGAAGCGAGACUAGUUCAAGUGAAGUCGAUGUUGCUGUCAGCUGGUCUCCAUCGGUACCAUCAAGCUUUUCAGGAGUCUUUAAACAUCGCAACGUCUCUUACCGAUCUGGUUCCGUCAAGUACGGAUCUCGGGUUGUACCUUGAUUCAGCGGCAAGGGUCGAGGCAGCUGAUUCUUUAUGGGACCAUGGUGAGAUGCUGUCUUCGAUUCACAUGCUCCAAAGCAUUGACGAAGACACAAACCUCAAGAAGCAGACCAUCCCUCUCAGCAGGCCUGAUCUUCUCGCCAAGACCGCAUAUCAGGUCUCUGUCGCGAGGCUCGAGAAGCCGGAUAGCAUUCAGAAGAAAUACUUGCAGCCUGCGCUGAAGGAGUUGAAGGGUAGAGCGGACGGACGAGAGGCUGGAAAGGUCUAUCAUCAGUUCGCCAUGUUUUGCGACGAGCAGUUACAGAAUCCAGACGGUCUUGAAGACCUAGCUCGGCUGCAGCACCUAAGACAGGGGAAGAACGACGAGGUCACGCAGCUCCAAGGACUGUAUUCAUCCGCGAGAGACACUCAGACCAAGGCGAGAUACAACAACCACCUUAAAAAGGCGGAGAAGUGGCUCGAGCUUGAUGAACAGGAGCUGCGGCGAGUGGAACAAAGCCGCAGCGAGUUCGUCCGGCUGAGCUUGGAGAACUACCUCUUGUCGCUGAUCGCCUCCGAUGACCACGAUAAUGAUGCGCUGAGAUUCACUGCUCUCUGGCUUGAGCGUUCAGGCGAAAGCUUUACGAAUGAAGCAGUGCGGAAAUACAUCGACAAAGUCGCAACGCGCAAGUUCGCACCUCUCAUGAAUCAACUUACUUCGCGGCUCCUGGAUCAGGGCAGUCUCUUCCAGAAGCUACUCCUUGAGCUCGUAUAUCGCAUAUGCGUCGAUCAUCCAUACCAUGGGAUGUACCAGAUCUGGUCGGGCCACAUGUCGAGACCCAAGAAGGAAGACGAAGCUGCUCAACUCCGGCGGCAAGCCACCCAGAGGGUGGCCAAAAGGCUCGCCCAGACGGAGGCGUCCGCCAAAACAUGGUCUGCCAUCAACGGAAUAAGCCGAGCAUACCACGUGCUAGCUGUGGAAGGCGGCUACAAGGGAGGCCAGAAGGUUGCGAUGAGGGAUUCAGCUGCCGGCUCUACCCUCGCCAGCUCCCUCGCAAAGUAUCACAUACCGCCCCCGACCAUGCAGAUAGAGCUUUCGGCCAACUUGGACUACACUCACGUCCCUACCAUGACGAAGCUAGAACCAAGCAUGACGAUUGCGAGCGGUGUGAGCGCACCCAAGAUAAUCACCAUAGUAGGGAGCAAUGGGGAACGGUUCAAGCAGCUCGUCAAAGGCGGCAAUGACGAUCUCCGUCAGGACGCAAUCAUGGAGCAAGUAUUUGCCGCGGUAUCGUCUGUCCUGAAACUGCAUCGUUCCACGAGGCAGCGCAACCUCGGCAUCAGGACAUACAAAGUUUUGCCACUGACGAACGUGUCGGGGCUUAUCGAGUUCGUGUCGAACACGAUACCGCUCCAUGACUAUCUGAUGCCGGCUCACGAGCGGUACCAUCCCAAGGACUUGAGAGGAUCACAGUGUCGUAAGGAGAUUUCCGGUGUUCAAGAAAAGUCCGCCGAGGUACGCGUCGCCACUUAUAAGAAGGUCACUGAGCGGUUCCAGCCCGUCAUGCGUUACUUCUUCAUGGAGAAUUUCGUCGACCCGGACGAGUGGUUUGCCAAGCGGACAGCGUACACCCGAACCACAGCAGCGAUUUCGAUGCUCGGUCACGUCCUUGGCCUUGGCGAUCGUCACGGCCAUAACAUCCUUCUCGAUUCCAAAAAUGGCGAGGUCGUGCACAUCGAUCUGGGUGUGGCUUUCGAGACAGGGCGUGUGCUGCCAGUCCCUGAACUCGUGCCGUUCCGGCUCACGCGGGACAUUGUGGACGGGAUGGGCAUCACCAAGACCGAAGGCGUGUUCCGGCGAUGCUGCGAGUUCACCCUCGAUGCACUGCGGGAAGAGACGUACUCAAUCAUGACGAUCCUCGAUGUGCUGCGGUAUGAUCCGUUGCACUCGUGGUCCAUCAGCCCAGUGCGCGUGGCGAAGCUGCAGGACACGAGGCGAGACGAGGCGCCGGACGAGACUUCGGAGAGCGUGCUCAGCCCCAGGCGGAAGAGCGCAGCGGGCGCUGCCGGAGGCGUAGUCAACGAGCCGAGCGAGGCCGACCGCGCGCUCGAGGUCGUUCGCAAGAAGCUCAGCAAGACCUUGAGUGUGACGGCCACAGUCAACGAUCUGAUCAACCAGGCGACCGACGAGAGGAACCUGGCGAGUUUGUAUUCAGGGUGGGCCGCGUACGCUUGA